AUGCAGGAUGGGCGUGCCGGCUCGGGCGCUAAAAAUCGGCGAUUAAGAAUCGCACGCGGCGGCCGAUCGAUCGCUAGCUUUCUCCGACUCCGCCUCGUCCGUUCGCUUCUCUGCACGCAACCUCUACACGUACCCUUUCCAGGACACACCUUACCUUGCACCUCGUAUCUUGAUACGAGCUCACGUCAAGCUGGAUACCCUGCAAGGACGCAUCGACACCCUCGGUUCCUCUGAUCGGCCCCCCUCCGAGUCGGCCGCGGCGACAUCCACCUCGUCGUCGGUGUCGGUCGCGCCUCGCCACAACUCGGCAACGGUCGCCGGCCAUGUCGCAGUUGUACCCGCCCGGGACCCGGUAGCGGACAAAACUCGCACCCGAGUGCAAUUAGUUGCAGCACUGCUAGGUAUGUACCGCCUUCAUGGGCCCUUGAUCACCACGACCUUUGCUCUGUGGCUGAUGGGAGGCUCCCCCCGCCUUCCCGGGUCGCGCGCGAACAUCCAACCGUGUUGUGCGCAACAGACUACGAUCAGCCCGAUCUGAAACUCGGAGCGCGUGAUCCGACGAGCAAGGCACAACAGUCCGCCCUCCUCGAGCCGUUCCGGCACUUGAUGCUCCCUCCUCCACCUUCUCCAGCUCCCUCGGUCGAUGUAGCACCCCCUGCAGCCUACACCGACGACGGCGCACACGCCGCGACCCCGGGUUCGGUGCCCGUGCUCGGCGUUCGCGACGAGGUCGAGGAGCGUCCGUCCGAUUCAACGUCGCAACGACUGUCGGACAAUUUCAGGAGCUUCACACUUUCCGACCGAACCAACAGGGAGGGAGGGCCAGAGCUCGACGAUGAGGCUGUAUCGCGUCUCAACGAAGAAUGGGGACUCGACGACGUCUUUUCGCGCAUCAGCUCGGGCGAGUUCUCCAUCGUGCCUACCGUCGUGCCGCUUCCACCGACGAUCCACACAGGCGCUCCGCUCCCUUUUCCGAAAUCACCGCAGGUCGCUUCAUGGCUGACGAAAGAUGUGGACGAGACGCGCUCAAUGCCGGAUCUCGACCAGCUGGACUCGCCCUUGCCGGAUCCCUCGACGAGCAAGUUCCGCAUCCUCGAACGCAAGCCUGGCGAUGGCUCGGAAACGGCUCGGCCGAGAACGCAGAGUCUGGGCGUAUCGGUGAGGGCGUCGCUGGGAUCAUUAUCUUUGCCGACUCUCGAAAAUGUGCAGACCAGCACCUCCUCGAGUGGACUCGUCAGCUCUCGCCUCCUCUCGGACCUGUGCGACGGGCGACUGUCGAACUUUUCGCUCGCCAAGCACUCGGAACAGGUCGCCAACCCUCGCCGCAUAUCUUCGUUGCCCGGUGCCGUCACUGUUGGUGCGAGCUCUUCUUCAGGUGAUCGUCUCUCGCGACUCGGCCAUGCUACCCAAUCUGCGGGGUCGUCCGACGCCGCACCCGCCGACGCGGGCUCGCCCGCUUCGAUGACUUCGUCGUUUGCUCAACUCGAGCGCGAAGUCAUGGGCGAUUACCCUGCGGGACCGAUCCUCGUCUCGUUGGGUACCACUGACGCUGUACCCGCCGGAGCCAGAACCUUCACGUCCCGCUUCGAUCCGGCCUACAUCGAAGCGCAGCGCUUGGAGGCCGAACAGUACCGACCCCAGUUUGCCAACAAGCUCGCCGGGGAGCCGCCUAAAGUCGUACUCAUGCCCGCCCCUCUGGCCGGUCAGCCGCUCGCGAUGCUGCUGGCCCCACCUCGCGCUGAAGGACCCGAUGCACCUGAAGAGAUCGAGGACGAGCCAGUACCCCGGGAGAGGAUUGAAAGGCCAGCAGGGGCACUCUACGGGAGGUCUUUGAUGGACGUCAUGGAGGACAAGAAGCGCACGCAAAAGUCCAAGACCAAAAGCUACGUUCCCGGUGCGGACGGGCGACGCGCGAUGAUGGAUUGGCGAGGUACGAUCGCUGGACAAGAGAUGAUCGCCAAGCAGCAGCGUCUCAGCCUACUCGAAGGGGUCGAUCAAACAGCAAGCUUGAAGCAAGCGCGCAAGUCCAUGUUCGGGAGGGACCUCUUGUACGAGCGCGACAUGGAGCUCAUCCGAGCCGAGAAGGCCGCCGAGGAGGCCGAGCGGCUCGAAGCCGAGCGCGAGGAACAGGAGGCUUGGGAGAAGUUUAGGAUCAGAGAGGAGGAGAAGCAGCGAAUGCAAAACGAAAAGCUUGCGCUCAUCAAACAACAAGAAGAAGAGGUCGUGCUCGAGGCCGAGGACAUGACGGCCCUGGCGCAGAAGCCGCGCAGUCCAACCUCGGAGACGCACGAAGUGCUCGGUAAGGAGCCCCGGGACCUGAGAUUACAGAGCUGGUGUUUCUGCUGACCGAGAUGUUUGCCCUCUCCUCCCCGGUGGGGGAAUCUUGAAUAGUGCCAUCCCCGGUCUCAGCCUCGACCGUUGUGAGCUCGUCCCGUACCCUCGCCCCUCCGAUCGACUUUCUCGGCCUCGGGACGACGACCGCGUGCGCAACCUUGUCCAUCAACGAUUGGCUCCCGCCGACGAUGGUUCCUUCGUCGCCCGCGUCAUCUGCCGCCUCUUCAAGGUCGUCUCACGACUCUCGUCGUGGAUAUACCUCGUCGUCGGCGCAGGCGCUCGAUUGGCGGAACGCGAUCAUGCAGGGUACGAUGUCCCCGUUCCAAGCGGCUGCAGCGACACGGAGUCUUGACCUGCGCCAAGGUGCCAACGCCGACGACGAUCGGCCGAUGGGAGAACGGCUUUCGUCGCAGCCUGGCAUGCAACCGCCCGCAUGGACCCUCGAUUUUGGCGAAGCAGGUGACGACGGUGAUGACGAACUAAUCGACGAGGACGAGUAUUUCGACUACGAGGACGACGAAAUCGAUUAUUCUGAGGAGGAAGGAUACGAAUUCAGGGUCGGCCAAGGUAGAAAGAGUGUGAACCGACCGCCGAGUAUCGAAGACAACAUCGACGUUUCGGACACGUCGUCUCGGGCUGGUAGCGACGACGAACCCUUGGCGCUGCGGGUCAACGCGCAGGUCGAAGACGAGGACGUGCCUCUCGGCCUCAAGGCAGCGGCCAACGUCCGCCCUUCACAAGUAGGAGAGGAGGAGGAGGACGAUAUCCCGCUCGCUCUGACCGCACCCGCGAUGCAGAUGCGCGAUCAGGCUGCGUACGAGCGGGAGCAGCAUCGCGUGAACGCGGCGCGGGCGCAAUCGCAAAUGUACCUCCAUGCGCAAGCGCGACAAUCGGCGGCGUACUUUGCGAUGCACCAACAGCUCGAGGCGGCAGGCGAAGGGAUGGAAAUUCCCGGGUUCGGUGGGACGUCGACGUCGGUCGAUCGGUGGAGGCAAAGUGUGGAGAAUUGA